CAACCUCUCUUCAUACCGUGUGGAGUGAUGACUUGUGUGUCAGUCCCAGCCCCCAUACCCUAUAAAACUACAGAAUGUGGAGAAUGGUGUGUCUUUGAGCGAUGCUUGGUCAGAGGCUGAGCAGGAGAAGCAGAAACUAAAUUCUGCAGAACUGCCAGCACUGGUGCACCUGUCCUAGACCGACACUCCCACUUUUUGAGAGACAGAACUUGUACUUGUCCCAAUCCAGACCUUUAAGUCAGAGGGAAAAUGGGAAACAUGGCAACAGAGAUCACUGCUUUUUUCCUGACCAUCUCUGGGUGGAUCUUGGUGUCAUCUACUCUGCCGACAGACUACUGGAAGGUAUCUUCUGUGGACGGUACGGUCAUUACCACAGCUACCUUCUGGUCCAACUUGUGGAAAACAUGUGUGACAGAUUCCACUGGUGUGUCAAACUGCAAGGACUUUCCUUCAAUGCUGGCUUUGGAUGCGUACAUCCAGGUGUGUCGGGGUUUGAUGAUCGCUGCUGUGUGUCUGGGUUUCUUUGGUGCCAUUCUUGCCUUGGUAGGAAUGAAGUGCACAAAAAUAGGAGGCUCAAAGACCACUAAAGCUCGGUUGACUGUCCUGUCAGGCUUCCACUUUAUUCUUAGUGGCCUCUGCUGUAUGACGGCAUGCUCCAUAUAUGCUCGUAGGAUCACAGCUGACUUCUUUGACCCCCUAUUUGUUGCCCAGAAGUUUGAGCUGGGAGCCGCUCUCUUCAUUGGCUGGGCUGGAUCUGUGUUGUGCAUCUUAGGAGGACUUAUCUUCUGCCUCAGCCUGUCUGAAGGCUUCAGUAUCAGGCAAGUGGCUUGGUUUUGCAGAUAUACAGAAUGCGAACAAUGUGAUUUCACAUGA